GGAACUGCGGACUCCACACUGAGUUUACAACUCUCUCUGAAUACACGAAUGUUACUAACCUGACUUUAAACUAGUUUAACUUUUAACAUAAGCCGUUGAACAUUGCUAUAGGUCAGUUUUAUAAGCAUUUGAGGAUGUCUGCGUCUGCUGUGUUCGUGCUCGAUCUGAAGGGGAAGGUGCUGAUUUGUCGAAACUAUAAAGGUGAUGUUGACAUGUCUGAGAUCGAUCACUUCUUUACACUGUUAAUGCAACAGGAAGAGGAGGGGCUUCUGUGCCCUGUGAUGUCACGUGGCAAUGUUCACUUCCUGUGGAUCAAACACAACAAUCUGUACCUGGUGGCCAUCACAAACAAGAACUCUAAUGCAUCAAUGGUUUACGCCUUCCUGUACAAGCUGGUGGAGGUGUUCACAGAGUAUUUUAAGGAGCUUGAGGAAGAAAGUAUUCAGGAUAAUUUUGUGGUCGUGUACGAGCUGCUCGAUGAACUCAUGGACUUUGGAUUCCCGCAGACGACAGACAGCAAGAUUCUUCAAGAAUACAUCACACAGGAGGGGAAUAAACUGGAGGUGGCGAAGACUAAAGUGCCCACCACAGUGACCAACGCUGUGUCCUGGAGGUCAGAGGGCAUCAAAUACAAGAAGAAUGAAGUUUUCAUCGACGUCAUCGAGUCUAUUAAUGUUCUGGUGAACGCUAACGGCAGUGUGAUGAGCAGUGAUAUUGUUGGCAGCAUCAAACUGAAGACGAUGUUGUCUGGAAUGCCGGAGCUUCGUUUGGGUCUCAACGACCGUGUGCAGUUCGCUCUCACUGGACGUGACAAAGGGAAGACUGUGGCAAUGGAG